GUGAUUGCCGCUGCCUCUGCCGGCUCCGUGCGGCCCCCACCCUCGCACAGGCGUGGGGCGCUUUUCCUGCUUCACCCGAUGUAUUUACUGUGCCAGCUCCGAUGGAGCCGCAGAGACAGAACCUCGUCUCAAAAGUCGUCGCCUUCCUGUCUAGCCAGGAAAUGCUUCAAAAGCUGUAGUAACCUUAGUAAGGUGAACGGCCGCCUUGACUAAAAUUGCGACUGGGCGUGAGCUGCACAGCAAUUCAGCAGAACUGAAGUUUGGUGAAACUGUGUUGCUGCUUCACUUGUCCAUCCUACUUAGGAGCAGAAAUACUAAUACGGAGCAUUUGACCUGAUCUCUACAGCUGCAUCUCCUGACAGCAGGAUUAGGAAAGAGUGCCUUCAGAACCAAUAUGUAGCAAAUGGGUGUCACACCUCUGAAGCUCCCCACUGGGUUCAACACUUGCGUGCUUUAAGGAUCCUUGUUGCCUCAGCAUUGAAUUGUUCUUGUGGACUUCAGAAACAAGAUUUCAUGUGGUGCUUGCUGAACGUUGAGUCACCAUGAGUAGUAAUCUAGGAAAAGAAAAGGACUGUAAAGAGAAGGAUCCAAAAGUCCAAUCGUCAAAAGAAAGGGAGAAGGAGGCGAAGGCCUCUGGAGGAUUUGGGAAAGAGAGCAAAGAAAAGGAGCCUAAGACCAAAGGGAAAGAUGCCAAAGAUGGAAAGAAGGACUCCAGUAGCACGCAGCCUGGGGUAGCUUUUUCAGUGGACAAUACAAUAAAAAGACCUAAUCCUGCCACAGGUACUCGCAAAAAAUCCAGCAAUGCUGAGGUGAUCAAAGAGCUAAACAAAUGCCGGGAAGAGAAUUCCAUGCGCUUGGACUUGUCCAAGAGGUCUAUACACUUGCUUCCAUCAGCUGUCAAAGAGCUGACGCAGUUAACAGAACUUUAUUUAUACAGUAACAAACUGCAGUGCCUACCAGCAGAGGUGGGCUGUCUGGUGAACCUGGUGACGCUGGCUCUGAGUGAAAACUCACUCACCAGCUUGCCUGACUCUCUUGAUAACUUGAAGAAGCUGCGCAUGCUUGACCUGCGGCAUAACAAACUGCGAGAAAUCCCCUCGGUGGUGUACAGGCUAAGCUCCCUGGCCACGCUGUACCUGCGCUUUAAUCGUAUAACUACUGUGGAAAAGGAUAUCAAAAACUUGUCAAAACUCACCAUGCUUAGCAUACGAGAGAACAAAAUCAAGCAGCUACCUGCUGAAAUUGGUGAGUUGUGUAACCUCAUAACGCUGGAUGUAGCGCACAAUCAGCUUGAACAUCUUCCAGAAGAGAUUGGAAGCUGCACGCAGAUCACCAACCUUGACUUGCAGCACAAUGAGCUCCUGGACCUGCCAGAAACCAUAGGAAAUCUGUCCAGUCUAAGUCGUCUUGGCCUGAGGUACAACCGGCUGUCAGCAAUUCCCAAGUCUUUAGCAAAAUGCAGUGAACUGGAUGAGCUGAACUUGGAGAACAACAACAUUUCUACUUUACCAGAGGGUCUUUUAUCCAGCCUUGUCAAACUGACUAGUUUAACAUUGGCCAGGAACUGCUUCCAGUCCUAUCCUGUGGGUGGCCCGUCCCAGUUCUCCACAAUCUACUCUCUCAAUAUGGAGCACAACCGCAUCAAUAAAAUCCCCUUUGGAAUUUUCUCUAGAGCUAAAGUAUUAAGUAAGCUGAACAUGAAGGACAAUCAGCUGACGUCUCUCCCCUUGGACUUCGGGACUUGGACAAGCAUGGUAGAGCUGAACUUAGCGACUAACCAGCUCACAAAAAUCCCUGAGGAUGUCUCUGGGCUUGUUUCUCUCGAGGUUCUUAUUUUGUCAAACAAUCUCCUAAAGAAGCUUCCUCAUGGAAUUGGAAAUCUACGGAAACUCCGAGAGUUAGAUCUAGAGGAAAACAAACUGGAAUCCUUGCCAAAUGAAAUAGCUUACCUCAAGGAUCUGCAGAAAUUGGUUCUGACUAACAAUCAGCUGACCACCCUUCCAAGAGGAAUUGGUCACCUCACCAAUCUGACGCACCUUGGGCUUGGAGAGAACCUUCUCACACACCUUCCUGAGGAAAUUGGUACACUGGAGAAUCUGGAAGAACUGUAUUUGAAUGACAACCCCAAUCUGCACAGCCUUCCCUUUGAGCUGGCUCUUUGCAGCAAACUGUCAAUAAUGAGCAUUGAGAACUGCCCGCUCAGCCACCUUCCACCUCAGAUUGUUGCAGGAGGACCCUCCUUCAUCAUUCAGUUCCUAAAAAUGCAGGGACCAUAUCGUGCCAUGGUCUGAUGCUCAUCGACUUGUCCAAUACACUGUACAAAAUCCAAACUGCAUUAAUGUUGUAAUUGUCUGUAUAUGUAUAUAUAAUAUAAUAUAUGUGGUUUAUAUUAUAUUAUAUAUAUAUAAAUAUAUAAAUAAUAUAAAAAGGCAAAUUUAAGACUGCAUUAUGUGUUUCUGCUAAUAGAGGAAUCAUAGCCAUUUAGAUUUUUUUUUAAAUUCUGUAAAAAUGCUUGUCUAAGUUUUCUUUGCUGAACUUGAUGGAAGUUGUCUGAAUAAUCUGAAAAUGCCAGUUCAUUUAAAGCAAUUGCCAAUGAACUCAAAGUUUAAAUUUAAGGGACAAAACCAGUUUUGCUUAGAUUUACUUUCAGUUAAAAGAAAUGUAUAACCUUUAUAUAAUGAACUUUUCUGUUUUCCUCCUCUCCCCCACGCCCCCUUCUUUUUUUGUGUCAAAACCUGAAAGGGUCACGUCCCCUGAGGUUGGUAUUUUCUUUUAACUUAUUUUGAGAUUUGAAGCAAAUGGUGUUUUUAUAUUGUUUACAGUCAGAGUAAAUCACUGGAUUUUGUUUUAUUCUGAUUUGCUCUGUUUUAAUCAAUCAUAUCUAGAGUUUAUAUGCCUCUGCUGAUGAAUUUUUAUCAACCAGUUUGUAUAUGAAAAACAUACUCAUCAAAACAACUGGCAGGUGAAAAGGAUGCAGUCAAAACACAAAGAAAAGAAAAAAAAAAAGCUUGAAUUCCUUUAAGUCUUGCUUCCCUGAGUUAUCAGUUGCAGGCAUAACAUAUCUGAACUGAGCCUUUUGCGGUUGGUCUUUUCUAGCACAAGUAAACCUUUUCAGAUUGGUAAAAAUGUGGAGUAUCCUCAGUGAAGAGCGGUUUUCAUUGUGUGAAGUAACAAGUCCAUGAGGUCUAACAGUACAGUUAAGUGACAAGGAAAUAAUAUAUAUGUACAUUUUUAUUACAAUGUUGAGUCAUAAACUACAACAGGCAAUUUUAAGGAUUCCUUAUAGACCUUGUACAAUAAAUGAAUGUGUCUUACUUUUAAACACUGCAAUAUAUGUAAGUUUUAAGGUUGGUUAACAAUGUACUAUGGUUUUAUAUCUUGACUUGCCUUGUACCUCCUUCCAUUAUGGAACUUCUGUGUCCAAGCACAAUAUCUUCACACUGUGCUGUUUUGCUGCUGAACUAAAUGCACUUUUCCCCACAGCUGGGGCACUUGCUUCAAAAUAUUCAGUUCAGUAUCUUGAUUAUUCUUUUUUAACUUCAUCCUAUCUGUUUCAGUAUUAAACCGAUCUGUUAAAAAAGAGGCACCUUUUUCAUUUGUGCAGAGAUGUUGAUAGCUCAAGAGAGACAUUAUAAGUAGUGGACAUGCAGUUUUAUCACAAAUUUCUUGGCUCUUUAGAAGGCAGAAGAUGCUUCAGGGAGAUUUUCACUAUUGCUGCACUUGCAGUUGUCCUUUUUCAGGAGGGUAAGAACUCGAGGCAGUCACAUUCCAUGGUUACCCAAGAACUGUUCUGUUUAUACUCACUGGAAUUACUGCUGGGGUAGUGUGGCUUACAGGGCUGUACCUUUUGCACAAAAUCAAAUCAAUGGAUGACAUGGGAAAUCUGUUUCACAUGCAGAAGUUUGGGAAUAUUAUUUCUGGCUUUCAGGCGUGCUUAUUUAGAAAUAUUUCCUCAAUCUGCUUGCAUUUUGUUUUGUUGUAUGUCUUUUCAUUAACAAGGAGUAAGUUUUAAAUGGAAGGCAGGUGGAGAUAUAAAACCUUAGAGGGCUUAAACAUGCUGUAAAACUAUUGUAGAUGUCACUGGAUUUUACUAAGUAAUGUUCUAUUCUUUCUCACACACUCUCUCUGUUGUUCCCUCCCCCUUCCCUUUUUUUUUUUUUGUUUUGUUUUACAUCUACUGUAGAUUUUCAGUUUAGACUUUAGUUUAUAAAAGGCUAGUUCCUUACAGUUCUGCCUGAGUUAACUUUCUCAGCACUAAGGAGUUAAAAUAUGAAGAUGCUGAAGUGCUUAGUAUCAAGACUGUAAUUGAAAUUCUGAAUAUACUGCAAAGUCCGUGUUUGUGCCCUCAGGUCACUAGGGGGGAAACCGGUUUGGUUUAUAUGGUUCCUUAAAGCAAAAGUGGCGACCCCUUGUGUUUCCAAACGUCUUGGUCUCAUUCCCUGUCUGCUCCUCAAUCCCGUUUUUAUAAGAGUUCAAGGGAUUGAAUUACAAUUUAGAUUGUAAAUAUGUUGAUUAUUCACCUUGUUAAGGUACAUGGUUAAUGACUGUAUGAUUGGAGCUGACCCUCUCGCACAUAAAUUCCUGUGGGGAAGUUGGUUACCAAAAUAGUGCUCCUUACACUCACUUAAAAACAAGCUAUUCUUUUCAGUACACUUAUAGGAAUAAAUAAAGCUAUGUUUUAAUUCAUUACUAUAUUAAAAACAGGAUAUUUUUUCAAACUAUCUUUGUACUAUUAUGGUUGUUGCAAUGCCAGAUAAUCCUGAGCCCUGUUUUAGAAGUUUAAUUUUAUACACUUCGAGGUGAAUGCUUAUUUUUUCAGUGCCUCAAGAGAGAUUUGAAUAAGAGCAGUGUGAGAGAAGUUCUGGUGCAGGAGAAAUCGAGUCAGAAGAAUCUGAAAAGUUCUUUCAAAUGAUCUGAAAGUUUAAAGCAUUAAAUAUUUGGCACAGAUUGGAAAUACAUGUAUAUAAAUCCUUAUAAGUACAAUACAUGGAUUUAUAUCCAGAUCUAUACACCAGCCAUUUUGAUCAUUCAAAAUGGUCUUACCUCCUGAAAUAACAGACUUUUGCAUUUCCCAGGAUGCUGGAUUUUUAACUGGUGUAGAUUCUAGAUGGUUUUAUUGCCUGGUGACAUUCAGUUGAACACACAUACUGGCUUACACAUGUUUAAGAAUUUUAUUUGUCCAUAUCAGCUAAAGUAUGAAUGGAAAGAAUGUCAUUCUGACAACUGUAUGUGUACAUAAAUACAGAAAUGUAUUUGUGUAUCUAUACAUGUAUGAGAGUAUAGACAAGGUGGAGAAAUAAAUUAUUUACAGCAUUUUUGAAAAUAAGAUUGAGAAACGAGUGAUUCCCAGA